AGCCGUUUGUGCUGCGAAGCUUCUUCUUGACUGCUCGUAUCAGGGUCGGGCUCGGGUUGGUCAUGAGUCGGCAUGAUCAAGGGCAUUGGUCGUGGUCAGGAAACAAGUAUCGCUCGGCGUCCGGAGCUCUGAACCAGCUGAAGAAGAAAACCCAGAAGGCAGAAGAAGAGCACAAGCAGGAGAAGGAGGAGAGUGAGAAAGUUUUGCACAGCUUCGCAGCUGCCAACGCCCUUCUGAAGCAGAGGGAAACCGAGCUGCUGAGCGAGAACUCGCAACUCAAGGUUCAAGCGGCGCAGCUCCAGG